CAGGUUUCAAGUCCCGGAGAGAGCGGUUUAUUAAACAAUUAUGCAGAUUACGGAAGAAAUGCUUAUAAGAGAUCUACAACAUGAUGCAAGUUAACCUAGUUAGGCGUACCCAUCUUCCAAGCCUGGAAAAGACUGGGACAAGUUGGAAGCUGAAGUGAAGAAGCAGGAGAAGGAUGAGAAGCUAGAUGGAGAUGCAGCAAUGUACCCAUCUUCCAAGCCUGGAAAAGACUGGGACAAGUUGGAAGCUGAAGUGAAGAAGCAGGAGAAGGAUGAGGAGCUAGAUGGAGAUGCAGCAAUGAACAACUUUUUCAGCGAUAUAUACCAGAGUGCUGAUGAGGACAUGAGGCGAGCCAUGAACAAAUCAUUUGCAGAGUCUAAUGGGACAGUGCUGUCUACAAACUGGAAAGAGGUUGGGACUAAAAAAGUGGAGAGCACUCCCCCAGAUGGUAUGGAGCUCAAGAAGUGGGAAUAUUGAUCUUCUUAAAAUCCUCUUUUCUGGCUUUGUCAAAAAUUCGGACAAAUAUUUGAACUUCAAAGUUUCUUUUGGUUUUUGCUAUAAUUUGUCUCUUCGUUC